GUAGUGCUUAUGUAACACUAUUCAAAGAACAACCUUUCAACCUUGUAGCUAUCAAUAGCUAUGUAGAAUCUAUCGACGUUUUCAAAAUUAUUAUUUUGUUACAAACAUUCUCGCUUGUAUUUUUGAAAUUUGAUCCUUUGAUAUGGGAGUCCUUAUCCAAUUCAUCGCCGGCCUCUUCGCAGCCCUGGGCGCCUUCUGUCUGGGCUGUGUGAUCGGAUGGUCGGGUCCCGUGGAACUGGAUGUUAAGGCCGGAAAGGCCUACGACUUUACACCGGACACUGUCGAAUGGGGUCUCACCGGAUCGCUGAUGACGUUGGGCGGCGCCUUCUCCUGCAUUCCGGUGGGUAUGCUCAUUGGAUGGAUCGGCCGGAAGAUCACCAUGUUGGGCCUGGUCAUCCCAUUCAUGCUCGGCUGGGCCUGCAUCAUCUAUCCCCUGCACAUAGCCAUGUUGCUGGUUGGACGAUUUAUUGUUGGAUUUUGUGGCGGAUCAUUUUGUGUGGCGGCACCAGUCUACAAUACGGAGAUAGCAGAGAUCCGGAUUCGUGGCAUAAUGGGCUGCUUCUUUCAGUUGAUGGUCGUCCAUGGGAUCCUUUACGCCUUUGUCGCGGGAGCGUUCCUCGAAGUUCUAGCCUUUAACAUUGCAUGUGCCGUCUGGCCCAUCAUCUUCUUCAUCCUGUUCUUUUUCAUGCCGGAGUCGCCAGUGUAUCUGCAGCAGAAGGGCAAAUCCGAACAGGCCGAAAAGGCGCUGAAGUUCCUGCGCGGCAAGGACGCUGAUGUCAGUGCCGAGUUGAAGGAUAUGGCCGCUGAGGGUAAUAAGGAGAAGCAGCCCGCUUGCCAGAUCUUAUGCCGCAAGGCCACCAGGAAGGGCCUCUUCAUCUCAAUCAUGCUGAUGAUGUUCCAGCAACUGACCGGAAUUAAUGCCAUCAUGUUCUAUUCGACGUCCAUUUUUGAGGCGGCAGGAUCUACUCUGGAGCCACGCUUUGCCACCAUCGUGAUUGGGGUGGUGCAGGUGUUUGCCACCAUCACGGCCAUAUUUCUCAUCGAAAAGGUUGGCAGGAAGAUCCUGCUCUUGGUCUCCGCCGUAAUGAUGGGCCUCAGCACUCUGACCAUGGCCCUGUACUUCGGCAUGCUGAUGGACAAAGAUGUCGGCUGGGUGGCUCUAGUCGCCCUCUGCGUCUUCAUUAUUGGCUUCUCCCUGGGCUUCGGACCGAUCCCCUGGCUGAUCAAUGCCGAGCUCUUCUCGGAGGACGCCAAAGCCUUGGCGGGGGGCAUAGCUGGUACCUGUAAUUGGACAUUCGCCUUCUGUGUCACCUUGCUGUUCCCCAUUCUGAAUGAAGCGUUGGGGGCGUGUCCUUGUUUUGCCAUCUUUGCCGGCUUUGCAGUCGCUGCAGUUGUAUUUAUUCUCUUCCUGGUACCAGAAACCAAAGGAAAAACCCUCAACGAGAUAGUGGCCAAGUUGGGCGGGGAGUAAGGAGUACCAGGAAUACCAGGAAUACCAGCGCAAUUGAAUCAAUUUUUUGUUUUUCAUAAACAUGACAAUUUAUGACAUUUCAUAAACAUGUUUUAAACUUUAA